GCCGCGCGUAGCUCUGGGAGCCGCAGCGCCAGCCGGAGCCCCCCGGGGAGGAGCCGCGCAGGAGCCGGCACCUGCCGCGGGAGGGGCGGCGACGACGGCCGGAGCAACCUCGGGAGGCGAGCGGAGGCGCCAUGGCCGAGUUCCCGUCCAAAGUGAACACGCGGACCAGCAGCCCGGCGCAGGGAGGCGGCGCCGCGGUGUCGACGCUGAGCCCCGACUUGGGCUUCGUGCGCUCCAGCCUCGGUGCGCUCAUGCUCCUGCAGUUGGUGCUGGGGCUGCUGGUGUGGGCCCUGAUUGCUGACACUCCGUACCACCUGUAUCCGUCUUACGGCUGGGUGAUGUUCGUCGCUGUCUUCCUCUGGCUGGUGACAAUCGUCUUCUUCGUCCUCUACCUGUUUCAGCUACACAUGAAGCUGUACAUGGUGCCCUGGCCGCUGGUGUUAAUGGUAUUUAACGUGGGUGCCACUGUUCUCUACAUCACGGCCUUCAUCACCUGCUCUGCUUCGGUUGAGCCGACAUCCCUGAAGGGCAGCCGGCCGUAUAACCAGCGUGCAGCAGCCUCCUUCUUUUCGUGUUUAGUGAUGAUUGCCUAUGGAGUGAGCACUUUCCUCAGCUUCCAGGCCUGGCGAGGAGUAGGCAGCAACGCAGCCACCAGUCAAAUGGCUGGUGGCUAUGCCUAAACCACCUGUGCCAUGGGCCACUGCGGGGCUGAAGGCUACAGUCUGCUCCCAGUGCAGGUGGCUCCAGAAGCCUGAAGUCUGCGCGCCCUGUACAGAGUCAGCCUGGAAGGGACCACGCUGCUCAUCUCUGCUCAUCAGGCUCCUCGGGCUCACCCGACACACCCAAGGAAUCAGGACUCUUCCUCUGGCAGGCAUGUGGCCUGGAGAGAGGCCAACAGCCAAGACUGUCCUCUCUGCCCUCCAUAUUCAGAAGGUGAUGGGGGAUACGGGACUCUCUUGCUUUGUCCUUAGGACUUCGUGUCCAAGGCUGAGAACUAGCCUUCUCGCCAGCACUAAAUACACUAACAGUGACCUCCACACCCGCAGCCCCUGACCCACCAUAGAAUAAGCCUAACAAGCAGCAAGUAUUUAUCCUAGUUUUUGUUCUGGGAAAGCUGAGCAAACUCAUGAAACCAUUCUGAUUCCUGAAAACAUUAAUUCUGGUCUGACCCUCCCCCAAGCCAACAUGUCACUUGUAGGGAAACAUGUAGAAAGGGUUAUGAUUCUGACAGCAUGGUUUUCCUUUCCUGCCCUUUGAACGUACCAGUUAUUUAAAACAAAUCAGUUUUAAGUGACUCUCAAUGAUGAAAACCUGAUCCAGGUUUCCCUCCCUUUCCCAAGCCCUUGUUUGUCAUUUUCCCUUUGGGGAAACCAACAUCAAUGCUGACUGCCUCCCUGAUGCUGUUAAUUAGGCACCUGGGACGGGAGGGAAAGUAAGGCCUUGCUGCUGAGUUGCCCUAUGCUUGGUGGUAACUUUGUUUUUGUUUUUUACAAAAAUAAAGAUGGAAGAACUUAUUUGGAAAA